AUGAAACCCCCCAAAGCGUGCCACGAGUGCCGGAGAACUAAGCGGAGAUGUACACGCCGAAGCGGCCAAGUAGGAGACUCGUGCGAUCAGUGCCAAAUUAAGAGUCUCAAGUGCACAGCUUCCUUGGCCAAUGUCCCGGCCCGAACCCAUGCCCUGCUGCCAAACCCAAGUCCCACGCGGCAUCAAGACACUUCGAUCGACGUUCCUGUUGACGUCGCUAUUCGUCUUGUUGAUUACUACCUCACCAAACUUCACAAUCGACCUCAUAGCUUGUUCCACCCAGCUACCCUGAAGAAACAGGUACAAAAUGGCUCAGUCAAUAAAGCUCUACUGCUCUCUAUCUGCAGUAUGGGUGCCAGAUUCGACGCAGAUGAUGAUGUUCGCUCUCUAGAAAGCACAUAUAAUAAUGAGUCUAAGCGCUUACUUCUGGCUGAUUUGGAAAAUAUCUGUAUCGAGAAUGUGCAGACAUGUAUUUUGAUCGCUAAUCUCUAUGCUGCCCAUCUCAACCCCUCCUCUGAAGCCCUAUUCUUUCGUAUCGGUGUCAACCUGCUACAAAUCAUGGAAGCCGGCACUGGUUCGGCGGCCAGCACAUUGAUAGAUCGCGAGAUAAGGAUACGGGCUUGGUGGACGCUCUACAUGGCUGAUCGCUGGUCAUCCUCCAGUCUUGGGCUGGCUCCUCAGAUCCGAGACACCGAUCUUGCUGUUGAUCUUCCAAUGCACGAGCCUAUUUUCGAGUCUCUGUCUCCAGACGAGACAAAGCUGAAUCUCCCGUGGCAGCCAGGACUUUGGGCGCACAAGAUCUCGUUAGUUCGCCUCUUUGGACCGAUCAAGGAUCUCAACUAUCGCAGUGUCUACGGAAACAUUGACGAUGAGGAAAUCCAUUCGAAUGUUGCGUCCCUCUCCAAACUGCUAGAUGACUGGGAAUGGACUAUUCCACCGAACGUCAGGCUGAGUACAGAGAAUCUUGAGCGGUUCAUCAAAGCAGGUCAUGGGGGCGCCUUUAUCGCUCUCCACUUGGGCUAUCACCACUACGCCACGCUGCUAUACUUUCGAUUCCUCGAGCCCGCGGCAUCAUCAUCACCUCUGGCGGCGAUGUAUCGAGCGAAGUGCAAGUUCCAUGCUUCUUCAUACAGCGAUCUUCUGAAACUCGCUCGGCAGAAGGAAAAUUGCGAAGUCAUCUACCCGACUGUUGGCCAUAUGGCAGUAGUAUCAUCAUCGGUCCUACUCCAUACGCUUUUGUUCAGUGUGGAUGAAGAUGUUAAACCUGCUCGAGAUGCCCUCAAGUCGAACUUUGAGGCGAUCCUUGAACUGAGACGGUACUGGCCAAAUACUGAAUCCAUGUACUCACUUCCUUUGGGCGAGAAGGAAGUUGCACCAGUGACGUCGGGCAUGGAUCUUGACAUGGAUAGUUUUUCAGCUCGUACUCAAGCGGUGACUGAACAGGGGAGGUACACUGCAUUUAAUAUUGAUGACUUGAUUUUAGAUGACAUGCAAAUGUAUUCUAUGGAAGAAAAUACCAGCAAUUAAGAGAUAAAAAAUCAUAGCAGGACAAAAGAAGGAGUCUGAGAAUUAAUCAUUCAGAUACAUAAAUAGAGGGUUUAACAAGAUCAACAGUGUUUAUGAUCCAUCACCUACUCGGAAAUGGUAUAAAAGGUGACCUCGGCAAUCAUUGUCCUCGCUGGGACAGUGACAGAGAUAGGAAAGCCACCAUAGUCAGGAUCCUCGCCAGGCAUCAUGGCAAAGCUGCCACUCCUAGUCUCAUCCCCGUUCAAGACGCGCACUGUUCGCAAGCGACCAGUUUCCUCGUCAUCCACAGCCUUUUCCUCGAAUUUGAGGAUCCCCGUGAAGGUUGUAUUCUUCAAUAAACUCUUUGCACUAACAUGGAAUCCCCAGCCGAUCAACAGGAACUUACCGGGCCCUCGAUGAAUAACCAUGCCUGCCCCUGGUCCUGGUUUUCCAAAGACGA